AUGAAGUUUGUUAUUGAAAACUUGAGUAAAAAUUCUGGACGGUUGGGUCAUUUGGUGCAACAAGAAACCGGUAAACAAUUCAAGACACCACUUCUUCUGCAGACCACAAAAGGUGGCAGUAUACCUUAUCUAUCGCGUGAAGUAUUCGAUCAUGUUUCCAGUGAUUGUCACGUUUUGCAAAUGUCCCUGGCUACCAUGGAUCACAUGAAAGAGGCAUUGUCUGUAUAUAAAGGUGGUGUUAGUAGUUUUGUUGGUUUCAAAGAUUAUCCCACGGUGCUGACGAUACGUGAUCCAUGUGAGAAAAUGCCCAAUGGCUCCAAUGACAAAGAUAUUGUUCCACUGUUUACACGACGUGGUAAAGAGACAUUAAGUCCAGAGAAAUAUAUUGAAUUAGUGGAAACAUUUCGACCCGAUAUUUAUCAAGGUCUUAAUGAUGCCGACACAAAUAUUGACAGUGCCAAAAAGAGAAUACAAAAAUCGGUGGAUCGUACGGAAAUAUUUAUGCGAUUUUGUUAUGAACAACAUUCAAAAUCGGAAAUAUUAAAAAAGUCUUGUCUCUUCGUUCCGAUUGUUGGUGGUUAUAAUAAAUUCAAUCGGUCGCAGUCCAUUAAAGAUGCCAAGGCUAAUGGUGCCGAAGUAUGUGGUGGUUAUAUUUUUGAAGGCUUCCAUAAUUAUGGUUUGAGUGCAACGGAGGUGACUUCUGAACAAUUACUACCCAUAAUGACACAUUGUCUCAAUGAGCUGCAAGCGGAUAGUAAACCUGUAAUGCUGCCAGGAGCAUAUACACCGUUAUUAGUAUUGGAAUUAAUAAAAAUGGGUGUUGAUAUCUUCGAUUCGUCGUAUGCUUAUUGUGCUGCUGUAAACUUUAAGGCCUUAUCGUUUAGCUGGGAAGAGGAGACGUUAAAUCGUAGUGAAACACCAUUUAUUGAUGUAACCGAUGAGUGCUUAAAAGAAGACUUUACACCUUUACUAAAGGAUUGUUUAUGUUUGGCUUGCCAAAAACAUAAUCGUGCCUAUAUUCAUCAUUUAUAUAAAACGUCGGAACUUUUGGGACCCAUACUACUAAUGAUCCACAAUUUACAUCAUUUAAUGCAAUUCUUUAAGAAAAUACACGAAACCAUAGCCGCCGAUAGUUUAGAUAAUUUAAUAAAAUUGCUGAAAUAUCAAGGUGGUGACAAGGUGAUAGAAUAUCGUAUAACUGCCAAUACUAAAGUUAUUAGUAAAGCUGGUCUGGGUAAAGGAUUUGCCGAAAGUAAAUCAUAACCACAAGAAUGACAAAAAACAUCACUAAUAAUUUUACUAUUUUUGUAC